UGCUCAAGUGCUGAGUGCUGUCGACUAACAACACAACAGUUAAUCCCUGCAAGCGAAGGGCUUGAUGUAAAGUUACUGAUUGGUGCAUUUCCAACGCCGCCAUCUAGUACAGCCUAAGACGUCAUAUGGAAGCCGUCUCGCAGAUGGGAUCUAGCAAGUUUGAUCAAUGUCCGGAGCUAGCUCGCAUGACCGGGAAAACUCUAAAACACAACAAUACUGACGACGAGCCGGUCCAUGCAAUCCCGCAAGUAUGGAGACAGUAUCUAGUACUGUAUAAUACCGGGUCCCGCAUUGUGUGCUGCUUCACGAGGUCGCGGUCCACUAAAAAAGUGGCAACUUAUGUGGAUGCACGCAGGGGAAUACGUUUACGAGCUCGCUGUGCAUGUGGAACGAGUGCGAUUCAGGCGGAUGUUACAUUUUCAGGCCAAAGGCGGCACCCAAGGCGUGCAGAACCAACUGGCUCGGGUUUGGGCAGUGACAUCGGAAGCGCCAAGCUUCAGCGAAAACCGAGGCAAAACGUUGGGACCCAUUGUAUAUUCGGGGAUCAGUCGGAAUCGUUUUUCGAACGCCAAAGGAUCCAAGCAAUGAUAAUCCGCAAAACACUCCAUUCAACUGCAACGAACUCAUUCAUGCACGAUACGAUCUGGUCACCAGUGUUUCUCCGUUUUAAUUUUGACAAACAAUAGAGUCAGAAGAUCUCAAUGACAUCCUAAUGGCACUAUCAUCCCGUAGCCAAACAGAGCUGGUAGUGUGAGGCCGAAUUCUGAACGUGGUGGCAGCAAGGAAAGAGCUAAU